GGGAUGUGAGUUGUGUGGUACCGUACCGACUUGUACUAAAAGUAGGAUACCGACACUAUGUCAGUCAUUUACGUGCUCGCAAAGGCAAUCGGAAUAGCAGAGAGAAUCGUAAGAAUACAUACGUUACGAUAUCGGUGAGUACAGUACACCGUUGCUCGCCUGAGAUUGCGAAAAGAGCGACAGACCUUUGCAACAUUGAUUUCAAAAUUUGGGCGACAGUAUGAAAUCUCAAAGGGUUCACCAAGUUCCGGUAGGUCGCGCAGCUCCGAUUCGUCGAACGUUGUCGUACACCGAUUCAGUUGCCAGUCAAUUCACCUCGGCUAGUGAGCCUUUGCUAGGAGAUGAUGACGAGAACGGUUUUCAAUUAUCUCAGUCGUUCAACAACUCUGCUCGUUUCUCUACGUCCAUUUUUGUGGAAAAAGCAACGGAUACAGUACCUUUACUGCGAGCCUCGUAUGGUGAUGAACACUCAAGAAAUUGGGAGACAAUUCUAAAACGCGGCCUACGGUCUGUGACAGAACUUCCUGCUAGAUAUCGCUCUGUUUUCAGUCAGUUUUCUCAUUUUAACACAAUCCAGUCAAGAGUACUAGAUGAUGUUCUCUAUACGGACAAGUCGCUCGUGCUUUCAGCGCCUACUGGAUCUGGCAAGACAGUUGUCUUUGAGCUAGCAAUUAUUCGUUUACUGGCAAGUAUCAACCCAGACGUGGCUGUUCGUUCAAAAAUAGUCUACAUGGCCCCUAUUAAAGCGUUAUGUACAGAGAGACAAGAGGAUUGGACAGCAAAGUUUGGUCCUCUCGGUCUUAAGAGCCAAGAGCUUACCGGAGACAGUGAGAUGGACGAUUAUUUUGAGUUACAAGACGUGAACAUUAUUCUCACAACACCGGAGAAAUGGGAUAGCAUGACUCGACGUUGGAGGGAUAACAAGUCGCUAGUUCAAAUGGUUCGCUUGUUUCUUAUUGAUGAAGUUCACCUUCUUAAUGACGAUUCAAGAGGAGCAACGUUGGAAGCUGUCGUCAGCAGGAUGAAAACUGUCCAUGCUUCUCUAACCACAACAACAGCAACAAAACAGAGAGGUUGUUACCCUGGAAUGAGAUUCUUGGCGAUCUCUGCUACGUGCCCAAACGUAUCUGAUAUUGCUAGUUGGUUGACUGUAGGAGAAGAAGACGCCAUCAGCUGCAGUGUUGAUGACUCAGAGAGACCAGUCAAACUUCGUCAAGUUGUGUUGGCCUAUCCAGACGUGACUUCAGACUUCCGAUUCGACAUGUCAUUGAACUACAAGUUGAAUACUGUAAUACACCAAUAUAGUAACCAAAAGCCAACACUUAUAUUCUGCUCGACCAGGAAGAGUGUUCAACAAGCAGCAACGGUGAUUCUCAAAGAGUCGCGCUUUGCCAUGACCAUCCAACAGCGUCAGAGACUAAGCAGAGCUGCAAAUGCGCUGAGAGACAGCAAACUACGGGAGAUGGUCAUCCAUGGUGUAGCUUUUCAUCAUGCUGGAAUGGAGUUGGCAGAUCGGAGGACUGUAGAAGAAAUCUUUUCUGAAGGAUCUUUACCAGUGCUUCUUGCUACAAGUACACUGGCAAUGGGGGUAAACUUGCCAGCUCAUCUUGUAAUUGUCAAGUCUACGCAAUACUAUGCUGGAGGUGUGUGUCAAGACUAUACCGAGUCUCAAGUACUGCAGAUGAUUGGCAGAGCUGGACGUCCACAGUUUGAUGACACAUCAACUGCUGUUAUUAUGACGAAACGUUCAACGAAGAGCAAAUAUGAGAAUCUACUGAGUGGGACGCAAACUAUUGAAAGCAGUUUGCACAAACAUCUAAUCGAACACUUAAAUGCAGAAAUUGUACUAGAAACAAUAACGGACGUUUCGGUGGCUCUACAGUGGCUCAAAUCAACGUUUCUCUUUAUCAGAAUUCAGAGAAAUCCUAUCUACUACGGUUUGCCGGAGCAUCUAGCAAAGAGUGAAUUGGAGAAGAAGCUCCAAGAUUGGUGCAUGAAAGACUUGAAUUCUCUAAAGAGUUUUGGUCUUGUUGAAAUGAGCGACGGCUUUGAUCUUAAACCAGCAGAACCAGGAAGUGUGAUGGCCCGUUGUUGUGUUGCUUUCGAGUCUAUGAAGAAGUUCAUAAAUGUUGGCACAUCUGAAAACGUUAAUGAUCUGAUCGAAGUGAUCGCUUCUUGCAAGGAACUCGAGGAGGUCCGACUGCGCGUCGGUGACAAGCGUACGCUAAACGCACUAAACAAGAACAAGACCCAGCAAACGAUCAAAUACCCAAUUGACGGAAAAAUAAAGACGACGCAAAUGAAAGUCAAUUGUUUGAUUCAAGCUACGUUUGGAUGUCUGCCGGUGACUGAUUUUAGUCUGUCUCAAGAUGUUGUGAAGAUAUUUCGUUCUGGAUCAAGACUUGCCAGAGCUUUGUGUGAAUGUGUGAUGCUACGAACCGACUGCUAUCGAUCUCUAGUAGCGGCGACAACAUUGGCAACGUGCUGUAGAGCUCGGUUAUGGGAAAACUCUCCAUACGUUGCUAGACAGUUGGAACGCGUAGGAGUGACUAUGGCAACAGCUCUGGUAAACGCUGGGCUAACAACGUUUGAAAAAAUAGCCAAUAGGCAUCCAAGAGAAUUAGAGCUUAUUGUAAAUCGUCACACACCGUUUGGCAACCAGAUUCGAGAUUCAAUCUACUGUCUACCACAGUACGAGCUAAUUGUUGAGCAGAUUCCAAAGUUUAGUUCAGAGAACUCAGAAAUCGUGCUCAAGUUAAAAUUGAGAAAUAGAGAUUACCUCAAAAAGCUUGCAGCUCCACCGAAAACAUUCGCUGUUCUAUUGGUGGGAGAUGCGGACAACAGAAUUGUCUUCAAACAAAUCCUAUCGGACACUGCCUUACUAAGGGAAGAGAUGUGGAGUAAGAGAAUUGAGGUGCAAAGAGCAACGGCUGGCGAUGAAUUAGAUAUGAGGCUCAUCAACAAGGAAUACGUUGGAUUGGAUGUCAACAAAUCGUUUGUUCCUCGUUAUAUCGGACCACGAAGACUGCUGUGCAAUGCUCGGACGACUUCAUCUAGCUUUGAGGUGCCAACUAAGCGAAAAACUAGACAGGGAACGAGUCGACGCGGAGCUCAAAGGGAGAAUGAUAUUGAGAUUAAAGUACCAUUAUCUGAUGUUCCUUCGUCGGUUAGAACACCACAGCAGAAAAGGAAGAAAGCCAACUUAGUUCAGAAUCCAAACGAAAAAAAAUUGUUGCAAACCAAGACACGUGUGGAUCAUAGGAAACGAAGAGGCAUCGAGUCUCAUUUGUGCGACUUGCAAUCAAAAAGUACUUCUAUUCCACAAACACCGUUCAAGAGAUUAAAGAAAUUUGAAUGGCCACAGGAACCGAUUUCCUAUCGUUCUUUAACGUCCACAAAGACGAUAGCUCAGCCCUAUUUCGAUUGCUUGUCUUAUACUCCAAUAACACAACAACAACAUUUGUCACCAAUUUCUGUGUCAGCUUCUUGCAAUAAAGUAGAUGUUACUCAAUCCCUACACCAAUUGCUCAUUCAUCCCACAGACUACGAUUGUGACAACUUCGAUGAUUUUGCUCUGCACUAUGACGAUUCUGAGGAUAUGAAAGACAACAGAAUUGACAAAGAUCCACAGUGGGAUAGUUACACUAGUGAUAUACAACCGUCCUAUCACAUCACUAGACAGAAUGUUACUGACAUUGAUCGUCAAUAUUUUGAGAAACAGAAGAGAUAUGAAAUAUCCUACUUAGAUAAUAUUGAUGAUUUUCUCUCAGAUGACAAUGUCACGUUUGAUAUUGAUGAAGAUGCCAACGUGAGCUUUGACUUUGAGGAGUGGACUGAUGCUGAGGACAGUCAUCUACAGUCACAAAGGAAAAAGCAAUGUUGCAGCCGUCCAGACUGGACUUCGUCUGCUGUUCCUGCUAAAGAGAAAACUUAUAUCUCACAACUGCGUGUACCAAAAUGCGACAGCCACCACCUCCAACGUGAUGCAGAAGCCAGCUCCAGCACACAUCCAAAUCAGGCAAGCUUUGGUAAAGAAAACAUACCCUUACUUCAGCCAUGUAAUUUUGUUGAAAAUAACAAAAAGGAAUCACAAAAUUUGAAAAGUGGGGUCUCGUUCAUUAGCGAAGAAAAACAACAUGUUAUUGAUCAAUCACUCAAAUGCAAAUAUGCUGUGAAGUCUGCAAUGUCAGCAAUGAAACUGUCUGCCAGCAAACCGUUAAGCGGUCCUUCAUACUUUUGUGUUGUUCCAGCAAGAACGGAAGAUGUUGAUGAAUGGGAAGAGUAUGAUGGUUUAUUUGAUGAUAUUUUUGACUAACCAGCUCAUUGAAUGACUAUGACAUGAGUUGUAACUCAUCACACUGAACUAGUGCGUACUGUAGCUAGUAGUCUAGCUAGAGCUCUAGAUACGUACGUACUCUACUGUAGUAGAUCUAUACAACCCUAUAUGAUUUUCUAACAGUAAGCCUGCAGUUAGACUACUUAGCCAUAAACACGA